AUGUUGCAGAAUCCAUCCAAAUAUCACGCAAAUCCUUUGUCACACUUUCUCGCAUUGCAUAACACACAAGCCAAUGGCGUGGCACAUGCACACGCACACGGACACGGACACGGACACGGACAUGGACAUGGACAGUUGCAACCACAUCAUUCACUGCCCACGGCAGCGUUGGCUGCUGCUGCGGCGGCAGCUGCAGUGACGGCAGCGGGUCAAAGUUCAUACCAAAUGGAGCAGCAACAGCAGCAGCAACUUCCACUUUGCCUCCCACCGCCGCCCACCGCAGAGGCACAGUCCCAGUCACAGUCGCACCACCAGCAGCACAGGGAGCACAGGGAGCAACUGGCGACUGCGACGUCGCACGCGCAGCUCAUUGAGGCGGCCGCGGCGCAUACCUCCCUCGAUGUGGGCAAAUCGUUUACAAUAGCCGCCAUUUUGGGUCUCCAACAGCAGAGCAAGGAGUAUAAUAAUGCCAUUAAUUUGUCUCUCAAUGGCGGCAACGCUGUGGACCACGACAACAACAACAGCAAGUGCUACAACAACAAUAACAUAAACAACACCAACAACAACAACAACAGCAACAACUAUGGCAAUAACAACAGUCAAAGUGUAAAUAACUUCAAUUGUGAUAACAACAGCAGUCGUUACCUGCCCACAGUGCAACACUCGCAUCCGCAUCCGCAUCCGCUUCCGCAUUCGCAUUCCCAUCAGCGGGCUAAUUUCGCUGCUGCUGCCGCCGUCGCCGCUGCCGCCGCAGUGGGUGGGGCACCCUCGGCCUUGCAGAGUCUGCAGCAGCUGCAUCAGCAUCACGCACAGCAGGCGUCACUGACUUUUCAACGGGACAAGCUCAAGUCGGAUUCACAUAAGAAGAGUGCGCUGAAGAACAAACGCGUGCGUACAAUCUUCACGCCGGAGCAACUGGAAUGCUUGGAGGCGGAAUUCGAGCGUCAGCAGUACAUGGUUGGACCGGAGCGUUUAUAUCUGGCACACACUCUUAAGCUGACGGAGGCACAGGUGAAGGUCUGGUUCCAAAAUCGACGCAUUAAAUGGCGUAAACAUCACUUGGAAUUGACACAACAGCGUCUGGCGUUGAUCAGACAAACUCAAUUGCCAGGUGGAGCAGCAGCAGCAGUUGCUGCGGCUGCAUCAUCAACAACAACAACAACAACAUCCGCCGAGCUGCCGUUGACCGCUGCCUGUAGCACCGCAUCUCCUAGUCUGCUGGAUGAGGAGAAUGAGGAUAGCAAACAUUCGCUUUCUCUACCACUGCGGCCUUUGAGUCAUGCUUCCGAAUCGGAUUUAUCCAUAUGUAAUGAUUCUCUAGACCUGGAUGGCGACAGUCUUAUGGAUGGUAGUGAGGAGGCAUAAACGUUCGAAUAAUGCCACAAAAUCUUGUAAAUAUAGUACAAUAAAUGUGUAUAAUAUGCGCCCAUCUAUGG